UCCCAACCGCCGCUGCUUCUCGCCGCUGAAUUCUUAACGUGCCAUUUUAUUACUAAUGGGCUUAUGAAAAUCAAAAUGUCAUUGAUGUACAGGACAGUGUCGCGUUUUUAAGGAUGCCAGCGGUGGACAUUCAAGGGGGUUUUACCGGACAAGUGCUGUUUUUAGCCCGCGACGCUUCCUCGUAGUGAAUCGGAUGAUCGGAGCAGCUGUGAGCUCCGCUUAGACUGCAGCUGUCAUUGAUAUUGAACAGAAAAGAUGAUGUGCGAGGUGAUGCCUACGAUCAGCGAAGACACGGCGCUGAGCCAACGUGGGUCCCAGAGCAGCGCCUCUGACCCGGACUCCCACUUUGAGCAGUUGAUGGUGAACAUGCUGGACGAGAGGGACCGUCUACUGGACACCCUACGAGAGACCCAGGAGAGCCUAGCCCUAGCCCAGCAACACCUUCAGGAUGUCAUCUACGACCGGGACUCACUGCAGCGUCAGCUUAGCUCCGCACUGCCACAGGAGUUUGCCGCCCUGACCAAGGAGCUCAACGCCUGCAGAGAGCAGCUGCUGGAGAAAGAGGAGGAGAUAUCCGAGCUGAAGGCCGAGAGGAAUAACACAAGACUGCUGUUGGAGCAUUUGGAGUGCUUGGUGUCGAGGCAUGAACGUUCCCUACGCAUGACGGUGGUCAAACGACAGGCUCAGUCUCCUUCUGGGGUCUCCAGUGAGGUGGAGGUCCUCAAAGCCCUUAAGUCUCUGUUUGAGCAUCACAAAGCACUGGAUGAGAAGGUACGAGAGAGAUUGCGGGUGUCACUGGAAAGAGUCUCUGCUUUAGAGGAGGAGUUAGCUGCAGCCAAUCAGGAGAUUGUAGCCUUAAGGGAGCAGAAUGCACACAUUCAAAGGAAGGUGGCAUCAGGAGAGGGCGCUGAGGACUUGCUGGAGGGCACCGAUGCCCAAAAGGUUCAUGGCAAACGGUUGUCUAACGGGUCGAUGGAGUCCGGGGACGAGGCCAGUCAAGUGGUGGAGCUGCAGGAACUGCUGGAGAAACAGAACUACGAGUUGGCGCAGAUGAAAGAGCGCAUGUCCUCGCUCUCUUCCCGUGUGUCCGAGGUGGAGCAGGAGCUAGAGACGGCCCGUAAAGACCUCAUCAAGAGCGAAGACAUGAACAACAAGUACCAGAGAGAUAUUAAAGAGGCUAUGUGUCAAAAGGAAGACAUGGAAGAGCGGAUAGUGACGCUUGAGAAGCGCUAUCUCAGUGCCCAGAGAGAGUCCACGUCACUGCAUGACAUCACAGACAAGCUGGAAAAUGAACUGGCCAACAAGGAGGCGUUCCUCAGACAGAUGGAGGAGAAAAACAGGCAGUUACAGGAGCGACUGGAGCUGGCAGAGCAGAAGCUUCAGCAGACCAUGAGAAAAGCUGAGACGCUGCCUGAAGUAGAAGCCGAGCUAGCACAGAGGAUAGCAGCUCUCACCAAGGCGGAGGAGAGGCAUGGGAGUAUCGAGGAGCGUAUGCGACAUUUGGAGGGACAGCUGGAGGAGAAGAAUCAAGAGCUGCUCAGGGCUCGACAGAGGGAAAAGAUGAAUGAGGAGCACAACAAGCGUUUAUCAGACACGGUGGACAGACUUCUGACAGAGUCGAAUGAGCGAUUACAGCUUCAUCUGAAAGAGAGAAUGGCGGCUCUCGAGGACAAGAACGUUUUAAUACAAGACUCUGAGAAUUAUAGGAAACAGUUAGAAGACUCCAUACAAGAAAAGACUCAUCUCUCAGAGGAAAUGGAGAAACUAAGAUCUGAAUUGGAUCAGUACCGGUUAAGGGCUGGAUCCCUUACGGAGCCCACACUAUCACGGUCUCAUCUGGAUGCAUCUGGAGAUCUGCGUUUUUCUCUGGGCUCUCUGGCAGACACACAGUCAGACCACUAUCGUUCAACCAAGGUGAUCCACAGGCCUCGGAGAGGACGCGUGGGGCUACGUAGAGAGGAACAGAAGGCAAAGUCUCUGGGAGAGCAUGAAUGGCGGGCUCAGCAGCUCGGCGUUUUGGGUGGCCACCCAUAUGAGAGUGACACAGAGAUAUCAGACAUUGAUGAUGAUGACCGGGAAACCCUCUUCAGCUCAAUGGAUUUGCUGUCUCCUGGUGGACAUUCUGAUGCUCAGACUCUGGCAAUGAUGCUGCAGGAACAGUUAGAUGCCAUUAAUAAAGAGAUCCGGCUGAUCCAAGAGGAGAAGGAGUCGACUGAAUUAAGGGCAGAGGAAAUCGAGAACCGAGUGGCCAGCGUCAGCCUGGAUGGAUUGAACCUGGCACGGGUGCACCAUCCAGGAGCCUCCAUCACUGCCUCAGCCACUGCCUCUUCCCUCGCCUCCUCAUCCCCUCCCAGUGGACACUCCACCCCUAAACUCACGCCCCGCAGCCCCGCCCGGGACAUGGAGCGCAUGGGGGUCAUGACACUGCCCAGCGACUUGCGAAAACACAGGAGAAAGAUUGCAGCAGUGGACGAGGAUGGUCGAGAGGACAAGGCCACCAUCAAAUGCGAGACCUCUCCACCCCCCACCCCUCGCCAGGUCCGCCUGACAAAAACGCUCCCUUCUUCCUCUCACAACGAUGCACGCCUGACAACUGCAUUAGAGACCGAGGCUCUGAGCAGUGUAGCCAGCAGUCAGGACUCCCUACAUAAGCAGCCAAAGAAGAAAGGCAUCAAGUCCUCCAUCGGACGCCUGUUCGGCAAGAAAGAGAAAGCCAGACUGGGGCAGCUAGGAAAAGAACUUGUGGGACCAGGACAUGUAGGGAACGUGAAUGAUCCUGAGCUUAUGGGUCAGGAUAUUGCAGUAGGAAAACUGGGAACACAGGCGGAGAAAGACCGUCGGCUCAAAAAGAAGCACGAGUUGUUGGAAGAAGCCAGGAGAAAAGGAUUACCCUUUGCUCAGUGGGACGGCCCUACAGUUGUUGCGUGGUUGGAGCUGUGGCUGGGAAUGCCAGCGUGGUACGUGGCAGCAUGUCGUGCCAAUGUUAAAAGCGGUGCUAUUAUGUCGGCCCUUUCGGAUACUGAGAUCCAGCGAGAGAUUGGCAUCAGUAACCCACUGCACCGUCUCAAACUACGCCUGGCCAUUCAGGAGAUGGUCUCGCUCACCAGCCCCUCUGCUCCACCUACGUCUCGAACCCCGUCGGGUAAUGUGUGGGUAACCCAUGAGGAAAUGGAGACCCUUGCUGCCCCCUCGAAAACGAAGUCAGAUUCAGAAGAGGGAAGCUGGUCACAGACGCUGGCAUAUGGAGACAUGAACCACGAGUGGAUUGGGAACGAGUGGCUGCCCAGUCUAGGUCUACCUCAGUACCGCAGCUACUUCAUGGAGUGUCUGGUGGACGCACGCAUGCUGGACCACCUUACAAAGAAAGACCUCAGAGUGCAUUUAAAAAUGGUGGACAGCUUCCACAGAACCAGUCUCCAGUAUGGUAUCAUGUGUUUGAAGAAGCUCAACUAUGACAGAAAAGAGCUGGAGAGACGGAGAGAAAGCAGCCAGCAUGAAAUAAGAGGUCCAGGGUCACAUUUGUGUACAACUUUUCUAGAUGUACUAGUGUGGACUAAUGAGCGCGUUAUACGCUGGAUUCAAAGCAUCGGCCUCCGUGACUACGCCAACAUCCUGUUCGAGAGCGGAGUGCAUGGAGCGCUCAUUGCACUCGAUGACAACUUUGACUACAGCAGCCUGGCCCUGCUGCUGCAAAUCCCCAACCAAAACACUCAGGCUAGACAAAUUCUUGAAAGAGAAUACAACAACUUGCUGGCACUGGGAACCGAGAGACGAUUAGAUGAGUGCGAUGAGAAAGAUUUUAGAGGGCCGUCGUGGAGGCGGCAGUUUCCUCCACGGGAUGUCCACGGGAUCAGCAUGAUGCCCGGAUCAGCAGAGACCCUGCCCGCUGGCUUUCGUCUCACUGCCACCUCUGCACACUCGCGUAGACUGCCACCAGAGGUCCUGUAUGAGGUGAUGGAUGACAGUCCUGACGACAUGUAUUUGGACUGGUUUCAAGUCGGGCCAUCAGCAAUACAGCGCCUGGACAGUUCCACUGUGAGGACCUACUCAUGCUGAGAGCAGAUAAAGACUAUAAGCUAUGUAUUUUGGAGUUAUAACUUGAAGUUGCAAGAAGGGUCGCUGGGCCAAAAUGAAGAUUUCUGACGAGUCACACUGCCAAGAGAACAAAAGAAGCCCCAGUGGGACGGGGCAAGGAGGGGGGAACGGUGUGCCAGGCCGCCCACCCCCUCCUUUGCACUUAACAAGCCAAGGCCACAACCCAGGCACCCGCCGCAGGUGCUAACACACUCUCUCACCCUUUCUAUAUUUUACACCACGCCAAGCUCCUUCAGCUUACAUACUGUGCAUUUCUUUUACAGGGAUGUGUAGGUAUUAUUGUAAAUGAAUAUAAAUAAUGCUGUUUUUAUAAAUCUAUAAAUAUAUAUAUAUAUAUAUAUAUAUACACAGGUCUGUAUAAAAAGAUAAAGACAAAGAACAUAUUCAGAGUUGUGCAGAUUAUGUCCUAUACGUCAUGGUUUAAAAACAAUGCUGCUCUUUUCGCCUAGACCUGAGAGACGUUUUGUACAUGUUAGUUACGUUUCAUUUGUUCGUGUUUGAGGCCUGUUGAGGUGUAAUGGUUGAAAGUCCCUCCCCCUCAUUUAGAUGUCACUUUUUUAUGUACGUCCUCUUCGGAGUCUACACCCCACUGUUACGUCACACAUAGCACAAUAAUCAGAUCGUACACUGUAAAAAAAAAUGUUGGUUCAACUUAAAAAACUUAAACGUUACUUGGUUGCCUUAAAAGGACAAUAAGUAGGAUUUACCACCAUCUAGUGGUGAAAUAGAAUUUAGCAUUCAAACGAAUAGUGCUCUCUAGCGCCUCGCUUUUCCAAAUGCGUGUUGCAACUACGGUAACCGUUAUGUAAUCAUUGACCUAGUACGUGUUCUGAAUGAAAACGUGUUGUGGAAACGCGUUGGUAGGCUAGUGCUUUUUGUCCCUCUCUGCUAUUAUAGUUUAGCAAUACGGCGGAAAGACAUGGAAGCCUCCUUGGACUUACCCGUUCAAUGUAAGUAAAGAGAAGAAAUUCUAAGCUUACAAAGAAAAGUCAGAUCACUGAUAGAGGUCAUUUGACACCAACGAGGACAUAUUAUGAAUAAAGACAUUGAUUUUGAUUAAUAAAACAUUUAAAAUCCUACUUACUGUCCCUUUAAAAAUGUGUUAAUUAACUUAAGAAUAUUAAUUGACAACUAUUUUAAAAGUUAAAAUGUAAAAUUUUAAGGUAAUCACACUGUAAAUAAAAUGCAGCAUGAAGUUAAAAUAACUUGGUUUUGCAGGUCAAUUCAACUAUACUAAUUUAAGUUUUGACCUGAGAUAGGCCUACUUAUAAAAACAAGUUGAAUUGUUUAACCUAAUUUGUUAAGUUAAAGCGUAACUAAACCCCUGGUUAGAGCCUGACUCCACCCACUGCCAAUUUUUGAAAAAUGCAAGAAAAGUGGGCAGAUCCCAACGG